UUCAUGUCAGUAGAAAUGGACAGCAGCAGUUUUAUUCAGUUUGAUGUGCCCGAGUACAGCAGCACCGUUCUGAGCCAGCUAAACGAACUCCGUCUGCAAGGGAAACUAUGUGACAUCAUUGUCCACAUUCAGGGUCAGCCAUUCCGAGCCCACAAAGCAGUUCUUGCUGCCAGCUCCCCAUAUUUCCGGGACCAUUCAGCGUUAAAUACCAUGAGUGGCUUGUCAAUAUCAGUGAUUAAAAAUCCCAAUGUGUUUGAACAGUUGCUUUCAUUUUGUUACACUGGAAGAAUGUCCUUGCAGCUGAAGGAUGUUGUCAGUUUUCUGACUGCAGCCAGCUUUCUUCAGAUGCAGUGUGUCAUUGACAAGUGCACGCAGAUCCUAGAGAGCAUCCAUUCAAAAAUCAGUGUUGGAGAUGUUGACUCUGUUACUGUCGGUGCUGAAGAGAAUCCAGAGAGUCGUAAUGGAGUUAAAGACAGCAGCUUCUUUGCCAACCCAGUUGAAAUCUCUCCUCCUUAUUGCUCUCAGAUGCGGCAGCCCACCACAAGCAGUGAUCUUCGGAUGGAGACAACUCCCAGCAAAGCUUUGCGCAGCCGCUUACAGGAGGAAGGGCACUCGGACCGAGGUAGCAGUGGAAGCGUUUCUGAGUAUGAGAUUCAGAUAGAGGGGGACCAUGAGCAAGGGGAUCUACUGGUGAGGGAGAGCCAGAUCACUGAGGUGAAAGUGAAGAUGGAAAAGUCUGACCGGCCCAGCUGUUCUGACAGCUCCUCCUUGGGUGAUGAUGGGUACCACACCGAGAUGGUUGAUGGGGAACAAGUUGUGGCAGUGAACGUGGGCUCCUAUGGCUCUGUGCUGCAGCACGCAUACUCCUACUCUCAAACAGCCUCACAGCCGACCAGCGUAUCAGAAGCUUUUGGAAGUUUGAGUAAUUCCAGCCCAUCCAGGUCCAUGCUGAGCUGUUUCCGAGGAGGGCGUGCCCGCCAGAAGCGGGCUUUGUCUGUCCAUCUGCACAGUGACCUGCAGGGUUUGGUGCAGGGGUCUGACAGCGAGGCUAUGGUGAAUAACCCUGGGUAUGAGAGCAGUCCCCGGGAGAGGAGUACAAGAGGUCACUGGUACCCAUACAAUGAGAGGUUGAUCUGUAUUUACUGUGGAAAGUCCUUCAACCAGAAAGGAAGCCUUGACAGACACAUGCGACUCCACAUGGGAAUCACCCCCUUUGUGUGCAAGUUCUGUGGCAAGAAGUACACACGGAAGGACCAGCUCGAAUACCACAUCCGGGGCCAUACUGAUGAUAAACCAUUCCGCUGUGAGAUUUGUGGGAAGUGCUUUCCAUUCCAAGGUACCCUCAACCAACACCUGCGGAAAAACCACCCAGGCAUAGCUGAAGUCAGGAGUCGCAUUGAGUCCCCUGAGGGAACAGAUAUGUAUGUGGAACAGAAACUAGAAAAUGAUGCAUCGGCCUCAGAGAUGGCCCUAGAUUCCCGGAUGGAAAUCCACACAGUGUCUGAUGCUCCUGAUUAA